GACUAUCAUGCCAAUUCUGCAACUCUCCAGCAAUUCGGGGCCCUCCUCGAUGACUAUCGGCGCCACAAGACCGAUUACGAUGAGCUAAAAUCCCACUACGGCUCCGAUGCGCCCAUCACCUCCAGAGGUCGGGCCCGAGGCUCGUACGUAUUGGUCCUGCUCGAUGGAGAUGUCUUCCACGAUGACCUCUACCGUAAAGGUUGCGAUGGUGGCACCACCGCCGCUCGACUCCUGGAGGUCGCCGUCUCUCAGAAGGUCCGCUCGCUCGGACUGGACGACUCCUGCCGCGUUAUGGUACGCGUCUUCGCCGACCUUCGGGCCUUGUCACGCGCGGGGAUGAAAACCAAGGUGUGCGGCGGUGAUUCUCGUGCCUUGGCCCGUUUCUUCGCGGGUUUCAAUCAAGCCAAUGAGCUUUUCGAUUUCGUCGAUGCCGGGAUGUCCACCGAUAGCGUGUAUGCUAAAAUCCGUGCUACCCUGAACAUGUCCCUCGACAACCCGCAGUGUCGCCAUAUCUUCCUCGGCUCUACUACCAGGCCGGAAUUGGUCGACGAGCUGCAUCAGCGUCACCGUCACCGCAUCACCUUGCUGAAGUCUCAUUCGUUCCAUCGCGAUCUCAUCGAUCUGGAUCUCCGCGUGGAGCGUCUCCCCACCAUCCUUCGAAGCGUGCCUUUUGGGGAAGAGGACCAACGGGAAUCCUCGCCACCUCCGAGAUCCGAAUCUACCUUUACUAAAGCACUUCGUUCUGGUUCUACGACGGUCCCUGCGGCUUCGACCACCAUCGCCACCAUCACUGAAUCCACAAGCAAUGCCAAAUCGUGCUUCUUCUAUACGAAAGGCAUUUGCAAAUUCGGCGACAAGUGUAGCAAUCUCCACGACUCUGCGUCCGCCGCCAAUGGUAGCACCUCCCAGAAGAACAAGAAUAGCUCUCUGGAUAGUGACUGGCGUUCUAAAUCCGCCACUACCACUACCAGCAUCGCCGGAUCUACUGACUUCGCCCUCGAACUUCCCCACGACGACCACAUGCCGACCGAUCAGAUCCCCGUCAACGCCGUCGACCACCGCCUCGACAGCUACAUCCUGCCUCCCUCCCUCGACGACCGACACGCCUUUGCCGCCCGCAUCGCCAAACGCAAACUCUGCAACCAGUUCCACCUCUCGGGAGACUGUUCCGACCAGAACUGCAGCUACGACCACUUCGCCAUCAGCGCGGGCGUCCGCACCUGUCUGAAAGAAGCCGCCCGCAUGACGCCCUGUCCCCGUCGCGGCAAAUGUCGCCUGAUCGAUUGCAAUUUCGGCCACAUCUGCCAAACUGCGAAAUGCCACGCCGGGAACAACCGUCCGUGGUGCAAACUCCCGGCCACUGCGCAUCGCACCCCGAUCCAGCUCGACCGUUGGGAACCCGCC